GUCACGCUUGACAUGGUGCCAGAUGAUAGUGAAAGGAAAAAUGCCCUUCUCGGCAAUCAUUGUUCUUCGUCACACUGACCUGCGGCCUUGGCUCAUGGAUUCUUGAGUAGCCGUUUCCUCAGUUAUGUUCGAGAUUGCGAAGAUGAUCUUACUGCUCUUAGCAUUCCUCCUCCUAGGAGAAAACUUGAGGGCUCAGCAGGUUGACAGGGAAAGAGAGAUCACUUCUAGUCAACAAAUAGAUGGAGAAAAUGACAGUCUCCUGAGGCGGUGUUUUGAUCGAUGGGGUUGCUUCUCAAUUGGAGAGCCUUUUUUCUCUUCCUUGAGGCCUAUUAGUUUAUUUCCUAUGCAUCCAGAGACUAUGGACCCACAGUUUCUUCUAGUAACUCGAUCUGCACCUGAUAUUUUCCAGAAAAUACGAGCCGGAAACAAUGCCAGUUUUGCCCAGUCCUUUUUCGAUCCCCUGCGACCAGUGAAAAUCAUUCUUCAUGGCUUUCGCGAAAGCGGAUAUCAAGACUGGAUUAAGGACUUUAUACGGGAACUUCUAACGUCCGAUGAUUUCAAUGUCAUUUCUGUUGAUUGGCGUUUAGGAGCAUCACAGUCAUAUCCUCAGUCAGCAGCUAACACUAGAGCUCUUGGAUUGGUCGUUGCUGAUUUUAUUGAUUAUCUCCAGCGCAAGUACAGGAUUUCGCCUUCUGAUGUCCAUAUCAUCGGCUAUAACUUAGGUGCACAUGCCGCCGGAUAUGUUGGAGAACAGCUUCCACGAUUAGGUAGAAUAACAGGUCUUGAUCCUGCUGGUCCUUAUUUUGAAGAUACUGAUCCCAGGGUUCGUCUUGAUCCCAGCGAUGCGCUCUUUGUUGAUGUCAUACACACUGAUAAUCCAAGAGCUGCAGAAGUUACAGGUAUGCUUCAACCUGCAGGCCAUGUCGAUUUCUAUCCCACCCCUGGCUGGCGAAGAACUGGUUGCAAUUUACUGGAAGGAAUUAAGAGCUUUCGUCGCUGUAAAGCUGUUCAUGCUACAGAGCUAUUUACGGAGUCUGUAAACAUGGAUUGUCCAUUCUACGGUUAUAAAUGCGACUCGUACGCAAAUUUUUCCAGUGGUCAGUGUGACAGAGGAUGUGGACAGGACAUGUCGCAAUGUGCUCCUAUGGGUUACAAGGCGGAGGAAUUUCUUCGAUUUGCUUCCUCUGAAUCUGUGACUAUGUUUUUAGAAACUGGUUUAGAGGAGCCUUACUGCCGUUAUCACUAUCAUGUAAAUGUGCUACUUUCUGGUAAAGAAGAUUCUCGAAGGUAUAGAAAUGAAACAGGACUGUUAUUCGUAAGAUUAACCGGAACAAAAGGCCGCACAGCUCUACUUCAAGCCACGCCUAAACCAGUUGUGUUUUCACGUGACAGUGCCUUGGAGUUUGUGAUCAGCUCUGGAAAUCUCGGCCGUUUAUUACGAGUGGACGCACUCUGGUCUCCAUUACGGCCACGUUCUCUGAGCGAGGACGUGCCUUCAAUUCAAGUGCACAGUUUUCGCAUCACCAAUCUCGAAACCAGCUACAGAGAGAUCUUCUGCGGUCGAGCUGAACCAAUGGAUGCAGAACAUGUAAUAGUCUUCUUUAGAGGUGGAAUUUGUUGAAAGAAAGGGGAGAAUGAUAUUCACUAACUAUCCGUCCAGUAUUGUAGUUAAUGUAUUAUUUAAGAAAUGGGAUAUCUAGCCAUCUUAACUUGUAAUUUUACAAUGUAUAAACUGAAGUAAAACUAAACAGACCUUUUGUGAUUUUUAGAGCUUAAAUUUGCUUGGAAAUGGAAUUUGUAUAUGGUUUUGAAUUGAUACACAAUCUCUAAUUUUAUAAUAUACAUAUAUCGUCUAUAUACUGAAUAUAAGUUUUAUAUUGUUAAAUAUAUAGUUAUAAAUAAAAAAUAUUUAAAUUUUA